CUUUGGCCUUGACUCCUGCUGAUCUCCAGGUUAUUGGCAAAGACAAUUGCCUGAUAACCUCGGAUCUCACACAGGUCGAUGGCAUCGCUGUGACUCACGGGGGCCAUAAAACUCCAUUUCCAAGGGGUGUGGGCCAGGUGGGCUGAGAGCUUGGGCUGGCUUUUAAAGGCAGAGCUGAGCCCAGCUGAUCCAUUCUGCUCCGAUCCAGCUGCUGUUCUGCUUCCCCAGGCUCAUCCCAAGGGAACAAUGGCAUUCACAGGCAAAUACGAGUUUGAGGGAGACGAGAACUACGACGCCUUUGUGCAGAAGAUUGGUCUCCCCAGUGACAAGAUUGAAAUGGGAAGGAACUGCAAAAUUGUGACUGAGGUGGUGCAGAAUGGGAAUGACUUCACCUGGACACAGCACUUCCCAGGAGGCCGCACCACCACCAACAGCUUCACCGUGGGCAAGGAGGCAGACAUGGAGACCAUGGGAGGGAAGAAGUUCAAGGCAACUGUCAAAAUGGAAAAUGGGAAACUUGUAGCUGAGUUCCCCAACUACUGCCACACUGCAGAGAUCUCUGGAGGGAAGCUGGUAGAGGUGAGUGCUCAAAGAUCCAGUCUAGUUCAUAAAAAACAAAGACAAUCCUCAAAAUUUGAAGUUCAAAAAAAAAAUCUGAAGGACAUUCUGUGAGCUAUCUCCAGGGCUGUUCCCCUGGGACUCUGGAGCUCUCAUUACACUGUUCAACCAAAGUUUUGGUUUGUUCUUUCUUCCAGAUUUCUACUUCUUCUGGUGUAGUCUACAAAAGGACCAGCAAAAAGAUUGCCUAAGGCAGCAAGGCCAGUCUCUUCCAGUGCACUGAAAUCCAACAAUAAAAUCAAUAAAAUAAAGUUCUGUCUUUGUCUCUUUCUUGGUAUUACAAACAUCCUCAUGUUAAUGCUUACCCCAUUCCUAAAUAUCUGGCAGGGGUGGAACAGGAUGAGAUUUAAGGUCCCUCCCAACCCAAACCCUUCUGAUUCUCUGCUCUGAAGGACACCAGAGGUGCUCAGAGCACCACUUUGUGCCCUGACAGGAGCCCUGAACCUUAAAAACAAGACCUCUUAAUCACUUCCUGUGCAGACCAGAUGCCUUUGCUGUUAGAACUGCCUUGACAGGGCUGGGAGGAACUUUUA